AUGUACCACUUUCGGAAUGGUCCAGGGGGCCGCGAGUCGUGCCCACACCUCAAGCCGGGGGACCGGGGGCACAACAGCAACAAUUUUGGUCUCCUCAGAAGAGGAACGGAGAUCACCUACGUGUGCCACAGUGGGCGGUGCCAGAGCGCUAGUGGCCGCGCGAAGAAGAAGCUGGGUCGGCUCCCCUUCCCAAACCUUUCGAUCUUCUCAGGUGACGAGGGUGGCGCGCAGAUCACUGAUCGCUUGCAAAUCUACACCGGCCACAAGCUCGUCUUCUCCAACGAGAAGUGGUACAUCUGGACAGGGUCGGUGUGGAGGGUGGACCCAAGCGGACGGGAAGCCAGCAAUGUGUGCUGCGGGGAGCUCAACAAGAUCAGCGCUGCAUACCAGACGGACUUGGACGGUUCCAAGUCACGCUGCCAUUAA